AUGCUGACUGCAAAGAAAUCCAAAGCUGUUGCUAAGUCAGACACCAAACCUGUCGCCGCCACCAGUGCUUCCAUUGAGGCUGUCAACUCUGAAGACGAACUUGCUGCCAUGGCUGCAAUCCCUCCCAACCCUCCCAGCAGAAAUGGGUUGGACUCUGAUGAGGACUGGGAUGUCUCGUGCUAUCACCUUGGCUUGAAGAAGUAUUGCUUGAAAGAACCCAAACUGUUUGAUGUUGCCUUCAGUAAUGAAAAGAAGAAAACCCAACUGUACUAUUAUGUCAAACUCUCGCUGUCCUCUUUAGAUUCUGCAUGGACUUCUCAUGUCGUCAAAGCUGUUGUUACCCCCAGUCUCUGUUUACCUGUCAUUCUCCAUUUGCCCUGGUAA